CCCCUCUAAACAAGCACUAGAAACCGUUGGCUCAGUAUUGCAACACCCUCAGCCAGCGCGCACUUCUUACUCACAUCACUUAGACACUCACGCCUUCGUCCUCACUCGUCACUUGGCGUUCAUCGAUCAUCACUCAUUGCACACGACGAAACACACGAAGCACAUAAACACGCACAACACGCCCCACGAUGGCCGAUCUCAGCGAGGCCGAGGCCCUCGCCACGCCCGAGUUCUGGAACGAGCGCUACACACAGUCGGACGGCUCGAACCCGACGCACGAGUGGUUCCGCACCUUUGCGGCACUUGAGCCGUAUCUCCAAAAGAACCUGUUCUCCCAACGGAGCCCGGAGUCGGCGCCGCGCAUCAUGCAUCUCGGGUCCGGCGACAGCACCAUCCCCGCCGACCUCGCAGCCCGCGGCUACAAGAACCAGCUGUGCCUCGACUUCUCCACCGUCGUUGUCGAGCUCAUGACGGCGCGGCACGCCGCCGUGGGCGGCAUCGAGUGGCGCCACGCCGACGUGCGCGACAUGCCCGACGCGGCGCCCACGGGCUCCGUCGACGUCGCCUUCGACAAGGGCACCAUGGAUGCCAUGAUCCACGGCAGCCCGUGGUCGCCGCCCGACGACGUGCGCGACAACACCCGCCGCUACUUGCGCGAGGUCCACCGCGCCCUGCGCGCCGACGGCGUCUUCCUGUACGUCACGUACCGCCAGCCGCACUUCAUGCGCCCGCUGCUCAACGCCGAGGGGCUGUGGGAUCUCGAGAUGGACGUCUUGGCCGGCGGCGAGAGCGCGUUCGACUACUACGGCUUCAUCUUGCGGAAGAAGAAGGGGGAGCAGGGCGGGGUUGAUUCGGGAGGGAUGAAGGCGUGAGUGGGUGUGGGUAUGAGAGGAAGAGGUGACGUUAGAGACGCUCGGGUUGGAAUAGACAAAAUUACGGACGAGGUCCCGUCUCGAAACUUCUGUUUCUCGGUAUGUAGACUGAUGAUGGUUCUCGGACCCGGUUGGUGCUGGCAAAGAACGAACGCCAGGGGUUGCGUAUACCAGACAGACGAUGGCGGCCUGGUUCGGCUCAGCUCAGCUCAGCCCAGCUCGGCCAAGGUUGUCUCGGCCGGAUCCCGGCUCACAUACGUGAAUGUCUUUGUGCCGUGUCUCGUGGUCAACCGGCCCGCCCUUCUCAGUGUUGACUCGCUUGCAUUCGUAUUGGUGUCGAGUUGUCACGUCUCGGCGCACGAGACACGGUCUCACUCACUCACUCACUGUUGUCUCG